AUGUGGAGGGCAAACAGAAGAGCUGGGGAAUGGGGAGGGCAAACAGAAGAGGAGGGGAAUGGUGAGGGCAAACAGAAGAGGUGGGGAAUGGGGAGGGCAAACAGAAGAGGUGGGGAAUGGGGAGGGCAAACAGAAGAGGAGUGGAAUGGAAAGGGCAAACAGAAGAGGAGUGGAAUGUGGAGGGCAAACAGAAGAGGUGGGCAAUGGGGAGGGCAAACAGAAGAGGAGUGGAAUGUGGAGGGCAAACAGAAGAGGUCGGGAAUGGGGAGGGCAAACAGAAGAGGUGGGGAAUGGGGAGGGCAAACAGAAGAGGAGGGGAAUGGUGAGGGCAAACAGAAGAGGUGGGGAAUGGGGAGGGCAAACAGAAGAGGAGUGGGAUGGGGAGGGCAAACAGAAGAGGUGGGGAAUGGUGAGGGCAAACAGAAGAGGUGGGGAAUGGGGAGGGCAAACAGAAGAGGUGGGGAAUGUGGAGGGCAAACAGAAGAGGUGGGGAAUGGGGAGGGCAAACAGAAGAGGAGUGGAAUGGGGAGGGCAAACAGAAGAGGUGAGGAAUGUGGAAGGCAAACAGAAGAGGUGGGGAAUGGGGAGGGCAAAUAG